AUGAGUGACGAAGAGAAUUUGAGAAAGAUUAUGAUGAUGGGUUUUGCCGAUGAGGACGAUAUAAGAGCUGUUCUAAAGUCCUGCAGCUCAGAUGUAAACGAAGCACUUUCUGUAUUAGCGUCUGAAGGUAUAUAUUCGAAGCAUAAUAGUGCCUUCACACCUGAAAAGGGUUCAAAUGAUGCCAAACAGUUAUCGGAGGGCGAACGCACUGAAACCAGUGGUACCGUUUUAGAUGAAAGUACAAGUCCACUUGAUAAACUGGCUAAGGGUCAUGAUAUAAGUCAUGGUUUUACUUCAUCUGAAUUCAAUAGACUUCAGAGUCGAAUUUAUACUGAACAAUGGGAUAUACCUUGUUUGAGAUCACAAUCGCUUGGUCUCUGUUUGUUGGGUACCAUCCAUGAAAUAAGAUUUAAUGGUUUGAAAACAUUUGAUUUGUAUCCUGAGGCUCAAAGAUUCUUGACAAGUUGUCUGAAGGAAUGUGUCACCAAACUAAUGACAUCUCAAGCUGUAUUCAACUGGGAUCGUGAUACUCUAGAAGGUGUACAUAAUAUGCUUGAAUUAAUAAUUCGUUUAAUUUGUGAAUAUAUGGCUGUCCUGAAAGUGACAAUUCUUGAAGAGAUGAAAGAAGGCAGCACCGACGAUGAUACUGUACAAACAUCGUCUGUGAAAAAUAAACGUAUUCAAUCGCUUGAAGCAUUAAAUUGCAGAACAUUUUUAUUCACUGAAACAUUUCAACUACUUUCUAUGAUUUUCGAUUGUGAAACGAAUUAUCAUCAGUUGUGCCGAGAUAGAAAUAGCAAUACUGGAACGUAUGCAGAUCCAUUCAAUGACUGGAGUCAAAUUUCUCGUCAGCAUAUGGGAGAUAUUGUCUUCGCUGAAACACUGCCAACACCACGAAAUUUUUAUCUUGUCAAUCUGCUCAACUGCUUUGGAGUUUAUAAUGGUUUCAAUCUACUCAGUUGGUUUGCAAUUCAACCUUGGUCUAACAUAAACCUCACAUCGAUAUUUCUUCUGCCAAUGGCCAAGUGCACCGACUAUCUUACUCUGUAUACUAUGGAGAAUUACGCAGCUAAAAUAAUGUAUCGAGUUAUCUGGCGUUUAUCUAAUUUAAACGCAGAAGACUUUAAAGACAGAGACUCACGCAUAUUUGAACUGAUCACCAGUGUUCGAGUAUUAACCUAUCGGUUGAUAGACUUAAAUGUUGCAGACAAUCUUGGCUCUUUGUUAACAACACAAGAAUGCAAUUCAUGUCUUGACAGUUUAAUGUUUACCAUCUUUGAACCGGAUUGGGAGGAAGUUAUUUCAAGGUAUAGAAAAUCUCACAGUGGAUCAUCAACAGCUGAUCAAGUUUCGCUGUUUUCAAUUCCUCUAAUUGAUAAGCUGCAUUACAGUGUACUGCUAUCAGCUAUAUCACCACCACAAGGUGCAGGCGGAGCAACAUUCAACGGACGUAUUAUGGCGUUAAGAGAACUUGUUCAACAGAUUGAAAUAGCUAAACAAUUCGGGAAUUCGAAUACUUCCUCACUCAGUGGGAUGAGAAAUGGUCAAAAGCGAACACGUCCCUCAGUACCGCUUACAUCGGCUAGCUUGUUAGCUACAGAGAAUGUUGCUUUCUUGGCUAAACGACAAAAAAGGCGGGUUUUACGACUGGAUCAAUUAAUGUCAUGGAUUCAAGAUAACGAAGUGAUAGCAAAGUCCUUACAUAAGCUGGAUAACACUGCUUAUAUGGCUACACUAAGCAACUUUUUUCGAUCACUGGGAGAACGUAUUACCAAUGAUGACUUGACAACACUAUGGCAUCGUACAUCGCAUCAAAAUGGAGCAGCUGUAGAUAAUAUAUUGAAUCUGCUUACAGACUUGUCAUCCUCUAGAUUCACACAAUCUCAGUUGAAGCAUUUAUUUUUUCUUGUUGAACUGAGUUGGAUGAAUCUGGAUCUUCAAGCUCUUGCACAAGUUUCCCCAGAAAUGAAAUCUUCUGAUUCUUCUCAAGCAAACGGGAGAAGAAAAUCUGCUUGUAUCUCAUCACCCCCACCCGAUGAACCAUCUACCAUACGUCAUGCACGCGCUCGACUGUUGAAUAUGAUCGGUAGAAUCGGCAUUACCACUAAGGAUCCGAAUACAGCUGAUAUGUGUAUAGCAUUACUAUGGCGUCUAGCACAUUCAAAUUAUUCAGAAGAGGCGAAAGAGUUUUCAAAAGAUAACAGCAGUACAAGACAAACACCACAAAAGAUGUCUUUUGUCGAACGAAUUCUUGUACCACAUGUGCAUAAAGCUGACCAUCAUCCAGCUGAUUCGGUUCCAUCGCCAGAGACUCCAAAAUAUAUGCAUCCUGAACCGAUAGAAGCAGCUUUAGCUCAGCAGUUAGUCAUUAUACGGGAAUUUCAUUGCUCUGGCGUAGAUCAACGAAUCCGUGCAAUGCGGUGGUUACUCGAGGCUAUGGGAUACAUUAGUAAGAAUUCACUGACAUUUUUCAUGUUAGCUUAUGUGAAGUCUCUAUUGGAAUUUAUACUGAAAAAUUUUAUUGGCAAGGCGAAACGGGAUCAUCUGCAUGAACUUAAUCGAUCAUAUGAAUUGAUUACUCGUGUGGUUGACUCUUUAUUACACUAUGAAAAAUGGGCUAUUUCAUCUCACGGUGAUCUACUGACAGCAGACAGUUUGGAUGAACUUGGUUUCCGGCAUAGUGAUGUGAUAAAGCGGCAUUUCGAUCUUCUGCAUUACUUGCUACGCAAUGCAGAACUCACAUUGAGUGUUGAACGUGCAAAAGCGCUGUGGGAGACAUUAAUUGGUCAGACACGAGCUGCACCGUUUGAUCGUGAACAAGCAUUUAUUUGGUUCUCGUCAUGCUUGAAUUUUCUUGACACUGAUGCUCAAACAUUCGUCUUCACAAAAGUAAUUUUGAAAUCAAAUCCUGCGUUAUUUCGUUCAAUCGCUGGGUUUGAAUGUUUUAAAGGCUUUUUUGAGAAAGUCAAUUUAAACGAAGGUCGUAUGAAACAGGUGGCAAAAUCAUGGCAUGUUGAACGACCCGAUCUAAUUGGAUUAGAAUUUUUAUGGGAUUUAUAUCUAGCCCUACCAUCAUCUGAUGCAAGUCUAGACGGUGGACAUUCAAAUCGUCCUGUGGAGGCUGAUGCGACGUCCACCGUUAUUGAUGCAACAACUGGAAACAAGCCGAAUCUUGGUGAUUCGUCUAAAAUUCAGACUGUACCUGCUGUAGUAUCAUAUUCGUUGUCAUCAUCAUCGGUAGCAGCAGCAGCAGCGUCAGCAUCACCGUCUGCAGCAUUAUCAAGUAGUGCAAAAUCAACACCUGAUGCAGCAAAACCAGCUAGAUUACUUUUGUUAAAUGUUCACUGGGGCCAGUUAGCACCAAAGUUGAGACGUGAUCCAGAAUCGUGUUACCGUCGUUUCUUUGAUACAUGCAGACGUAGACUAGAAGCUAAUUAUGCUUUGGGUCGCGGUUUAGUCACUGAAUAUGGCGUCACAUCAGUCCUGGCAGAAACUGGUGAACUGUUAGCUGCACUGAUGUUGGGCAUUGGACCGGCGACAAAAGCAAAACACUGCAGUCGUACUGCAGCUAAAUUAGCUAUACGCCGUUUACUCGGAUUAGUCUAUGCCUUUAUUCAGUCAGUUGAGGAUGAAAUGUUUGGUUCUCGCACUCAGCAUCCGAACUGGAAACCUCAUGGUUGUACAUAUCGAGGUUGGGAUAUGCCAUUGCUUGUUAAAGUUGAAACUGUUAAACAAGGCCAGUCGUCUCUUUCAACUAAUAAUCCUUCGAUUUGUUUAAAUCAAACUGGGAAUAAAUUGUCUUCUAGUAAUACUAAUCUAUUAGGCGAUUCUUAUCAGUAUUCAGAUCUUAGCGAUGAACCAAUAUUACUAUUAGCGCAUUCAAAUGAACCGCUUAGUUCAAUCAGAGACAGAGCUUAUCUUGCCUCAAGUGCAUAUUUGUUCGCCUUUCAAUCUCAGUCGAACUAUCGACAAGACAAUAAUUUAUCUCCAUCGUGGACAGCAGCUACACUAUCACUUGAAAAAGCACCAGAACCAAAAGUCUCCUCACUGUCUUCAUCUUCAAAAGAACCGGUUGUGAGGACUAUGCUUUCAAACGACAUGUCAAUUCAACGUAAUGAAAUUAAAUCAGCUGGUAGAGAGAAAUCAUCACAGCUACUGGACACUGUUUUAAAUCGAAUGCCUAUUGGUGAACUUGGAUUUCAGGUUGGUCGUCAUUUAAUUGUUCGAUUUUAUGCAGAGUCGAACAGUCGUUCACGUAGUCGGAUUAGCAAUACAAGUGUUGUCUCUUCUGUAGCCACACCACCACAAGGAAUGUCAAAUAACUCCCUGUACAGCAGUUCAUUUUCAUUGGCUGGUGCUUAUUCGUCUACACUGGAAUUAACAAAUGAAAGUUUAAAUAAUCCUACUAAUACUGUUUCGAACAGGUAUACUUUAGCACACGAUGAAUCAACUGGACUUUUAAGUUCUUUCAGAAAACGUUUGGAAAUCCCGUCUAUUGGAAGUAAUCUAAUGUCUAGAGGUUCCUCAAUUCUCAGUUUAAAUGCAAAACAAUCAUUGGCAGAUUUAUCAGUUGAUUUGUCGAAUACAAAUCAGUCAGUGUCAGCGAAUACUUCAAGUGUCAAUACUGUUCUGCCGAGUAUAUGCUUAGGUCAAGAUUCAGCAGUUUAUGAACUUCUCUUUGAAUUAGCUGAAUCAGAACUUCUCUGUCUUAAUUCACAGUCGGGGAAAAAGCUGCAUUCUUCUACAGGAACAUCAUCUGGGGCAUAUUUUUCUUCAACAUUUAGUUUUAUUCAUCCUGUACGCUUAUUGUUAGCCUGUUUGCCAACAUUUAAAUCACUUCGUUAUGGACGCAAUGGUAGUGGAAGUGUGCAUUCACAAUAUAAUCUGGUGUGUAAUCCAUACACACUAUUGAAUUCAUCGCCUUAUCGUGUUCUCUACAAACUACAACUGCUUAGUUCCGCACUAAUUCCCGUGGAUUCAACUCCAUGGUGGGAAACAUCUCCAGGAUGUUUAUUGUCACCACCGUCUGUAACUUACUUCAUUAACUAUCCUUUUCAAUCUAAAAUUAUCUCACGAACUUAUAAACCUAUGGAACCGAUUUCAAUGGGAAGUAAUAUAAGAUCAGGUGGAACAGUCAGAAGAUCUUCUCAAACGCGUUUAUCACCAGUUGUAGUAAAUGAGGACGAGUGCAAGUCUGAUUGGUUUUUGUCUGUUGAUGCAAUAAAUGUCAGCUCUCAAAUGACCAAUUCCACUUCAGCACCAUCUUCACCGGUACUUUCAUCACGUCGGAGUUUAAAAGUAUUUUCAUCACUUGCACGUGCAAAUGAUGUGUUCUCAUUGAAAGGCAAAUCACAAAAACACGCUACAAAAGAUUUAAGUAUGGUUGCUGAUGCCCCACUUAUUGAAUAUCUCGAGACAUUGGUCCAGGUACUCGAAAGGAAUUUAACUCCCUUCUUCACUGAAUCGCCGUGUAAAAAUGUGAAUGCAUGUAAAAAGCACACAUCUCCAUUUCCCUUGAUAUUUCGUUCACAUCACACGCAUCGACAUUUCGACACAAGUGAAGGUGAAUUCCUAUUGUCCAAUGAAUCACAUAAUACAGCAGUGGAUAAUGCAUAUUGGUGGAGACGUGAAAUAAGACAUUUGUGCCUACAGAUGAUUGCCUCUUUACUCAAUCCAAUCACUUUAGGCGAUAUCAAUAAUAACGGUAGUAGUAGUAGUAAUAAUAAUACCACACAUAAUUCAUAUAAGCGUAGUGCAACACCAGAACUGGUAGCUGUAUUACCAGCCGAUGCAUUGGUGUAUCAGAUGUCCCCUUCAUUGGCAAUGAGUUUACUGAACACCUUGUUAGAAACUGCUUUAGUCAGUGCUGGUAUCGAUACAGAAUUACUGGAUCAUACGCAUGCAAAGCAAGCAUCUAAUUUGUCGUUAGCUUCGCUGCAUUCUAUGCACAGAUCAAAUAUGUUCUUAUCGCAUGUGGACAGUAGAUCGGGUGUUGCCGGUAUCAUUGAAACAAUCUCCUACUUCGGAAGACAAGUUCUGUUUCAAGAUGUUGAAAUUAGUGUACAAUGCAUUCGAUUGUACUUUCAGUGUAUAAUAGCCUAUCCAUGUGUAUUUGUUAAUGUUUUACUGAAAUCAGUUAAUCUGGAAAGCAAAUUUAUUCAACUUCUUGUCUACUCUCCAUCUGAAAGGGUGAGGAAUGAAAUGGCUAGACAACUGGAACAGUUAUGUAUUCUCGUGUCGCCCUACCUGUACACUGGUGCUGCAUGCUUUCCUGUGAAAUCAACUUCAAAUUCAACGCAGUGCUCACUGCACAGUUAUAUCCGUAAUCCAGAAAUACUGAAUCUGCUCCUCAAAACUAUACUGCAUUCGCCUUUGCCAUUUUUCGAUGUAAAAUUCGACUUGAUGACAUCACCGACUGCAAGUAUUUUGAUUAGUCAGUGUGCAGAAUAUUUUCGUGUCCGCGGCUUUUUGCUUGGUCAAACACCAGCUCAAAUUUUGAAGAGAAAUUUCAACACUGAUCAUAUAACAAUUCUUCAGAAUGAUAUAUCAUGGUUUAGAAAUAUGAUGGAUUUCGAUAGAAAUUUGGACGCGUAUAAACUUGCUCUUUCCGACUGUCUGUUGGCUGGUCACCUGAAUUCAAUUCGACUAAUCUGUGCACAGGCUGUGGCUUGUGUCAGUAGUCAUUUUCUGUGCACAUUCAAUAGUGGAUCAGGUGCACUGACCACGACAACAAAAACAACAUCAACAACCGCACCAACAUCAACAACAAAAUGUCUGAAAAAGCAAGCGACCCUGAUAGAUCAGCCAGCUUCUGGACUGAACAGUUUCAACUAUUCACGAAAGGAAUUCAACGCCGACAGCAGUCAGUUAUUACCACCGGUACAAUUGUUAGAAGCAUUGGCGAAAACCGAUUUGUCAAUAGUUAAUGAAAGUGACAAUGGCCUGCAUCAGUUGACUGUAAACAAUGAAUUCACAGAUACUGUGAUACCUAUUCAUUCUAGUGUAGCCAUGAAAAUAGCUACUCAAGCUUUAUAUUUAUCAAGAGAUUUCAUAUGCUAUCUUGUAGUGGAAUGCUUGUUCCCUGCGGCUAGAUAUCUACUGUCUGAUCAAACAGCGAAAGAAUUGUCAGUAUUGUUAAAUGCAUCAAAGUUGACAUCACACAGGUGUUCUAAACGAGAACGUCUUCGGCGUACACUGUCUGUAUUGUUUAGACAUUGUAAUCUGCCACAGUUGGAUGUAUUUAAAAGUGCUCAGCCUUUAACAAAGAAAACCGCGUUGGCCUUUUUAAGUUUUGUCUGCCGUAUAGACUGUCAAAGUUUAGAGAAGCUGGUUAACUUACUUAUUCUUUUGCAUCAUUCGCAUAAACCUGAUCAAAAUGGCACAGGUGCUGGUGUAUUGUCGAUUUCACUUCGUACAUCUGAGACAACAUUUGAUCCUGGCGCAUAUCAACAAGUUACAGAUGAGCUAUCAAGUAAACAGCACCACAAAACAGAAAAUCUGGUCGGUAAAGCCGGUGUUCACUGGGAUGUACAACCAAUUGUAGCUGGACGUGCAGAAUGUGGAUUUGUUGGUCUGCGUAAUGGUGGGGCAACGUGUUAUAUGAAUUCUGUCCUGCAACAGCUGUUCAUGCAACCAGGUGUAGCUGAAGCCCUGUUGGCUGUUACAGAUGCAGACGAUACAGAUGACAGAAAUAUUCUCUUCCAGACACAACGUUUAUUCGGUCAUUUACUCGAAUCUCAACUGGAAUAUUAUGAUCCUGUUGGAUUUUGGAAAAGUUUUCGACCAUGGUCAACAAAUGUGGAAGUUAAUCCCUUCGAACAACAGGAUGCAUUUGACUUCUUCCAGGCAUUAAUUGAUCAGUUGGACGAUGCACUUAAGAAAAUGAAACGAGAACCAUUUUUCCAGGCAUUGUAUCAAGGCAUUUUCCUUGAUUCAAAAUUCUGCGAUGAAUGUGAUCAUCGUUAUGAUCGUGAAGAAGUGUUCAGUGCAAUUAAUUUAGCAGUGAAAGCCAAUGAUCUAUACGAAGCAUUAAAUCAAUUUGUUCGUGGUGAAGUACUUGAAGGCGAUAAUGCUUAUUACUGUGAACGUUGUUGUGUUAAACGUCGAGCAGUAAAACGCCUGUCUAUACACACCUUACCGCCUGUGCUGUGUUUACACUUGAAACGUUUUGACUUUGAUUGGGAUCGUCAAAUACCUGUGAAAUUUUCACACUACUUCAAAUUUCCAAGACAGCUGGAUAUGAGUCCUUAUUUAACCGGUUCUGUACAGAAAUUUAGAUCAGCUGCAUUUUUCUCACCACAUUCAUCGACAUCAGCUUUAUUACAACGUGAAGCUAAGGAAUCCAGAUUUUCCCAAGAUCCGCAAAAUGAUGACAAAAUUGAUGGUAAAGAUUUAACCGAUGCAAACGACAACAGAAGCACAAAUGAAAAUGCAAAUACAAAAAGCGUUGUUACAUUUUCCAAUUCACCAUCGUCUUCACCACCAUCUUCUCCAAAAGAGACAUCUCCUGUAGAAGAACAAUGUGACGAUGAUAUUGGAAAAGUCGAAAUGAAGUCAAACAGUCUACUGAAUAAUUCAUCCGCGUUAAAUGCUCCUUUGUCUUCGUAUAAAAAGUCGUCAGACGAUGAUUCAACGGAAAAUAUCUACAAGCUUGUCGGUGUUGUCGUUCAUUCUGGUCAGGCGAAUUCUGGUCAUUAUUAUUCAUUCAUUAAAGAUCGUCGUCGUUGUCAAAAUCCUACAAAUUCAUCAGUAGACACAUUUGAUACUGUUGACCAAGUCAAUGCAAAUAUUGCAAGCCAUCAGCACAAUACCACAACCACAGUGAUAAAUCAGUCAUCAAAUCAUGGUGUACAAACAUUCGAAAAGUCUAAUUUGUCAACAAUUUCUGAAACUCAAAUCAAAGUGGAUUAUAAUUGGCCAAUUCAAAGCAACCAGAAGGAUACAGAAAAUUGGUAUCGAUUUAAUGAUACAUGUGUUGAGCCUGUAGAGCUGACAGAUGAAUUGCUUGAACACGAAUGUUUCGGUGGAACGUAUAAAGUUACUGGAAAUGAUGGAAGAACAAUUGAAACUCGUACAAGAUACUGGAGUGCAUAUCUUCUAUUUUACGAACGAAGUGAUUUACACUAUCCUAUGAAUAAACAGAACACUGGCAGUACUGAAGACUUGUCCAGUAAUCAGCAAACAGAUUUACAAAUGCCGAAUGAGAAUAAGGAUGAGGGGAAAUCCGAUUCACAUUUAUCUAAUGAUGAUCAUUCGCAAUUGGACAUCGCAUCAAAUUCACAGUGUAAUGAAAACGAUUUACUGGAAACAACCGCCUUGACUGUUAUCAGUAAAACUAAAUCUAUACCAAUGCCAACACGUAUUGCCCAACAAAUAUGGACAGAGAAUAUGACUUUUCUACGCGAUCAAAAUAUUUACUCACGAGAAUAUUUUCAGUUUAUACGAGAUUUGUGUGAAGGCAUAUUAACAGAUGUUAGCAGUCUACGUCAAGAGCCGGAACGUUCUGUCCUUGGGACAAAAUUAAUGUCUCACUUCUUGUUCAAUACAUUUUUCGCUUUACAUCCACGAGUAAAACUAAGCAUGGCGUUGAAUUGCAGUGAACCGAUAACAAGUUUAUCAACAACAAGUGUUUCCGAAAUGUCGACAAAACUAAUUUCUGAACUACUUGGCUUGCUGACACGUUUAGCUGCAAGUAAUCCUAGUGCAGCACGUUGUUUAAUGCAUUUCCUUUAUGUUAGCCCGAAUCAACCGUGUUUAGUUUCUAUGCUUCUUGAUCCAAAACCAGUAGCACGUCAACAAACUGCAAGUAUGAUUCUCGCGGUGUUGCAAGGAUUUUACUCCUUUAAAGAGACAAACAUACUUGAUGGUGCAUUGACAGGUCUAAUCAACUACCUACUUGGCUUAUUUGAUAAUGGACAAAUAGCUGAACACUUAACAGAAGCCGGCGCGUUAUUCGCUAUGCUUCGAGGUUAUGCUGAAAUGUGUCCACAUGCCACCGUACACUUGUCUAAUUUAAAAGCAACUAAAAGACUGUUGAACUUUUUCAUUGAUCCGAAUGUUUCCAGUUCAGCGACAUCUACAGAGCCAUCUGACUGUUAUUCUUCUUUCACGGGGAGUGCACCAGACUGGACGCAUAAAUUACGUGUAUGGAGUCCAGCACAACAAAGAGAAAUGGGCAAUCUAUACUAUCUGCUUACAAUACUCUUGCGUCAAACAUCCUUCGAUGCCUACAGAAUCCCAGAUACUCCAUCUCUUCAUGAUGGAGCUCCUGCUCAUCCGCCACUGGCAUACCGUCAAACUUCGCAAAGUCGUCUCUUACUUCGUCCACAAAAGGAGACUGUCCUUUGGCUUGGUUUAUCUAUUCCACCAUUGACGAAUCGUGUUGUACAGCCUCCUGUAUCACAGGUUCAUCCAACUACCACCAGUGAUAAUUCCAGUACAACAAAGCCAUACUCUACUCAACUUGUCGGAUUAUUUAGGCUGUGUGAAGUCCUUUUAAAAGCCUAUAUAGACAAUCCUGUUAUACCAAGCUUAAAUUCAUCACUUGUUCUUGGUGAUAUCGGAAAUCAAGUUUUCUCUGUCUAUGCUUCAUCAGCGACUGGUAGUGGUGCUUCUACGACCACUAUGAACAAUAGUGGAAGUGUAUCAGCAACCGGUGUUGCUGCAAGUUCAAGUGAUUCAUCAACAGUAUCUGGAAGUGAAUCUCUUUCGCUGAGGCAGAGAAUUCGUGAACUGAUGAUACAUCUGUCUGCCAAUUCAUGGGAUGCUUCUCAAUGUUUCAUUAUAGCUUUACUCGAUCGUCUGCGUAAUCGUCCCCAGAGUGAAUUACGCCAGUACUUUGAUUUACUCGGCGAACUUCUACGCCUUACUGAUUCGAUUCAACCGGCUAGAAUUGUAGCUGUAAUUGAUGGUUUGGUUAAUCAAAAAGUUGUCUUCCGUAAUAACAAAUGGAUAUGGUCACCACGUCCUAACGGAGAUCGAACUUUGUGGGCCUGGAGUACAACAGAAAUGAAUGAUAAUGAUUUGUAUUCAAGUGAUUCCAAGUUUCAGAAUAAUGAUCAAGAAACAAGUGAAUGUGGACCGCCACAAGUUCAGGGUUUAUUAGAUUUAAUUCAUGAUGAGCAUAGCCAAGAUCCUCGACGAGCUUAUCAAUGUACAAAAUUCAUUGUUGAAUUGUCUUCUCAGAAUUCGGCUGUAGUAAAAUAUCUAUCAAAUUAUCCAGAGAAAUGGGAACCUAUCGUCAAAUGGCUACAGAAUCUUAUGGAAUCGGAGAACAGUUCUUCCAGUCGUAAAAGUUCACUGGAAGUGCCCAGUGUAUGUCGGUAUGACAGUGUAGAUAAUCAAAGAAAUACAGCCAGUGGUGAAUCAGAGGGUUUUUACAUUGAUGUUCCUACAGGUAUUAUAAGUACACGAAAACCUGGCUCCCACAUAUCGGGUGAUUUAAUUCAAGCUUCUAAUGAAUACGGUGAAACAUCUACUGGCUUUCAGCGUACUGUAUCAGCUCAGACUACAUUACGUGAAGCAACCCGUUUACUCUCCACAAUGCCACGAAUUAACAAUCCAGAAGCAAAAGGUUUAUCAUCGCCACUAACACCAUUGAUGAUGUCGUCUGCUGGUGCUGGCAGUGUAGGCAUGAUGGACGAUAAUGAUAGUGAUGAUAAUAAUAGUAACAUAACAACAACAACAUCAAUAUUUCCAACGAUAAGAAGGAUGAUUUAUUUUUAAAAUUAUCCACUUGACUAUUGUUAUUUAAUUAUUUAUUUAUUUUGUCGUCUUGUGACUGCUGCCUACAACAUUCACUCUCUCUCCAUACCACCCAACCGACAAUCCCACCCGACCCCCCCACCCUACGCGAAAAAAAGAAACAAACUUAUUUUCAGAUUUUCUAUUAUCAUUAUUAUUAUUUCAAUUAUUAUUUUCUUUAUUUCCUUUUAUGUUUAUGUGUGUAUGCGUUGUGUGUGUAUGUGUGUGUGCGUGAUUGUGCACGGAUUCUAACUUCCAUCAACUACCACCACCACUGGUGCUUGAAUUCACUCAGCCAUCCAUUCAAUCAUGUAACUUUCAAUUAUGAAAUAACCGAAAUCGUGUUUGCUCACAUAUCCACUUCUUGUAUAUAUUACAAUGCAUACAUGCAUACAUACAUAUAUAUGAAGCUUUGUCAUUAUUAAUAUUAUAUGAUUACACAAUAUAUUUCAUAUAUUGACGAUGGAUUGUAUACACUAGUAUGAUCCCCUAUAUUUUUAGUACAUACAUAGAUGAAUAUAUUAUACAUGCCUAAUGUGAUCAGUAUUCACUCAAAUGUCAAUGUCUAUUUUGUAUUUUAGUACUGUCCUACUACUACUACAACUAAAUAUAUAUCCUUGUGUCGUCACUUUCGCAUACAUACGCUUUUCACAAACACUUGACCUGUUUGUGUUUCUUGUAUUAGACAGUUACUUUAUGUGAUUUUUCUUUCUGCCUCUUCUUCCUCUUCCUAUUCCAGAAACUGUGGUUAUUACUUAUGAACAGUGUAUUACUACACUGACUGACCUUAUUUUUAUUGAUGUAAUUUCAAAAACAAUAAUAAUUAUAAUAAUAAUAAAGGCAUUUCCCCCUGAGUCUUUGUAUUAAAGGUGGAGCAAUAUUCAUUCCUA